AAUCUAAAUGUUAAAAUGAAAUUACUAGAAGAGAUAAAAACAGUUUUCAAAGAUGAUCUAACUAGACCAAUAACUCUGGAUGACCUUAACAAGUUAAGAUAUUGUGAAGUAAUUAUUAAAGAAACGUCAAGAAUAAGGCCUGCGGUUCCUCUUGUAUCAAGAUAUACUAAUCAUGCUGAUGAAAUAGCAGGAUAUUCUUGGCCAUCAACUACCAACACUUUAUUCAUAAUGUAUGUUCGAGGUAUUAAUAAUAACCCUUGGUAUUGGAAAGAUCCUGAAAAGUUUAUUCCUGAAAGAUUUUAUGAAUCUCAAGAAAUUAAAAAUCAUAAAUUUUCAUUUUCAAUGUUUGGUGGAGGUUUAAGAUUAUGUGUGGGUCAAAAUAUUGCAAUGCUUCAAAUGAAACUAUUAUUGGCUUUGCUUUAUAGAAAGGUUGACAUUGAACUUGUAGAUAUGAAUGCACCUCUCAGAAUCAGAAAUUCAACAUCUACUAUUU